AAUAUUCAUACCACAUCAAUAGCUGUGAAUUUCAGUUUAUCGGGGGACGAUCAAUAUCAUCCUUCUUCCCGAGCUAAGUCCACACGAAGGUCAGUGGGUGCUGGGGGCCGGGUGGAACGAGGUUGAAACUUAAUGCUUCGCUGUGUUUUGGUGGUUGGGACAAUUACAAAAACACGGAGUGGAUAUCGAUGUUCAGCAGUUAUUUGGCCCAUUGAAGAAUAACAUUACGGGGAAGGUAAAAUGGAGGGAUAUGAUAGCACUGAGUAUGAGGACAAUCAGCCAUCCGCAAUGGAGGAGACAUGUGAAGACACAGGCAGAAAUAAUACCAAUGGAAAGAAGGGCUCUUAUGAAAACGUGCCCAGAAUGGGUCUGCAAGGCAAGAGGUCUCGUAUUAGAUUUCAACCCUACAAAGGGCUCGGCACAAGAACAUACAAGAACUCUGUCUUUGUAAGCAACAUUGCAUAUGAGUUGACUGAGAAGCAAUUCAAAGAGCUCUUUGAAGAUAAAGUUGGAAAAGUGAGCUUUUGUGAAAUAUUUCCUGAGCCAGAUGGACUUUCAACGGGGUGUGGGUGUGUCGAGUUUGAAAAUGAAGAAGACGUUGAGAAAUCAACAAUUGUACUAAAGAAAUUCCAGGUGCAAGGCAGGGGUCUCAUCGUCAGGGAUGAUCGAGAUUUGACGUUCAGUUCACGGUACAGACCACAAGCCGCCUACAACCAACAACAACAAUAUCAACAACCGCCCUCCUCGAUCGUCAACCCCCAAGUCCUGCAUGGACUCGGUAUUCAAAAUGAUGAAGUAUCCGAAACCAUCUUCAUAGCUAAGCUUGCCGAUGAGGUGGAUCUACGGAAGUUGAAGGACGUGUUCUCAUUGGCUGGUUUGGUCAUGAACUGCGACAUCUUAAGAGAUAAUGAAGGGUUGAGUAUCGGCCUGGCAACCGUCACUUUUUCCUCUUGUGAGGAGGCAGUCAAUGCUGUCUCUAUGUUUGACAACCAACCUCUCUUCGAUCAGAAAAUGGCUGUCCGAAUGAAUAAGAUCAAGAAGCCACAGGAUUCUGCCAGUCGACUGCCCACUGAACUACCACAGGGACUUGGGUCCAUCGGAGCGAACCUUCUGGCUAGAGAGGGUACGGCUGCAGGAGGGGAUCGGCCAUUGAACAGUCUAAUGGGAGAUGGGGCAAUGGGUGGGACUCUGGGCGUUGCCAGCAUGUAUGGCAACAGAGUGCCUGACUAUAACAGGGGAGGAGGGCACGGUUUUGACAGACCAUACAUGCCAUACGGAGUGAGCCGGAUUGCCACGAACAACAGAGGAUAUGACAUGACCCCUGACACGGGUUACCCGGCGGACACUAGAGGGGGUUUCGGCGGUGGUCCCAUGAGGGGAUAUGAUGCUCACAGAGAAUCUCAACAACCCUCAGCAGAUGGACGGACACAGGUGUUUGUCAGAAAUCUUUCUUCAGAUCUCACUUGGGAGGAACUGAAGGAUUCAUUUAAGAAAGUCGGACCGGUUUACUUUGCUGAAAUUAAGAAAGAUAGCGAUGGCACCUCAAGAUGCAUCGGCACAGUCAAGUUCUUCAACCCUCUCCAUGCCCAGCAAGCCAUUUUGUUACUGAAUGGAAGUGUCCUGAAGGGGCGACGUAUUGGAGUCACUAUGGGUCGGUUCUAAGUCAAAGUUCCAACGGGUUUAGUAUUAGGUCGAUUGAUCUCCAGGUGUUGGUUUCGUAACCAUUUCCUCCUGUCUGACCAUUCAACAUCAUUCACUGUUGGUUUUUAACUGAUAAACACACUAUUAAAGCCAUCCUGCAAUCCGUUAGUUCUGUGUAUGGUCGUCUCAAAUGGUUGGUCUACUCGCUGAAUAAUGGGACCAAUAGUAGGAGGGUUAAUAGUAAUGAACUGUUGAAUCGUAGUCAGCAUACAGGUCCUGUGACUCUGCUAGGGUCAAAAUGUUAGGCCAUUUUUGGCAGGUCAUGAGAGUUGUCUCUUUUUUCAUCAAAAGAAAUUGCUGUGUCUGUUUAAACAAUAAGUUUACUGUUUUCUAUUUUAAGUUACUUUGUUCUUUGAUGUCGAAGGAUUUUAACCUCUUUCUGUCGAUACUAAUAACAAUAAAGCGGAAUUAAUAAAUGGUUAGAGUUAGGGUUACCAAACGUAUCUAUUAAGAGCCUCGAAGGGCUUUGCUAGUACAAUUUAGAAAAAAGCCAAAGAACAGUAGGAUAAAAGCAACACAGCAAAAAUAACAACACUCACAAUUUAACAGUAGUCGGUCUUAAAAGUACUUGGGGUUUCUUUUAGUACACAUAUAUUUUUUUAUUAUAAAUUUGUAGUCAAGGGAAGAAAGUUUUUUAUGAAGGGUUUCUAAUGCUCGGCAUUUCUGUAUGUUUAUUGAAAAUUUAAAAGGUAACAACCCUGUAAUGUUUACAAAAGCUGUGUUCAAAAACAAUCAGUGAGCUUGUAGUGUUGAGGCAAAGGCCCACAAGUUGUGUCUGUACUUUCCAAAGGUAGUCAAAAAACUGCUUUUUGGUUUUUAGCUCACUUUGUUUAUGAUGAAAGUCACAUUUUAGCAUUGGAAUUUUACCGGUGAAAUUCACCAAUCUUUAAAUUUCAAGCAGGUCCACAGGUUGUGUCUGUAUUUGUAAAAUAUUUUAAUUCACAAUAGAAGUCGAAAAGUGUUUUCUGGUGAGCUCACUUUGUCAAUGAUAAAAGUCACUAUUUUUGGCGUAGAACUUUUUAUAUUUUUUGCAAGAGGAAAUCUUGCAAUCUUUAAGUUUCAACCAGAAAAUGUUUGCAUUGAUCAUGAGGUCUCAUCAAUAUUUUCCUAACGUAAAAGCCCUGUCAAGUUUGUAACUGUCGAUACGUUAGAAUCGUUAUUUGUAAGGUUAUUUCGUUUUCCAAGAAAGUCACUCCAAACACUUCUUGCAUCAUCAAAAACUUAAAAAUUACAAAUUUGUGGAAGUCAAUUAAAAGUUUGUUUGGUCUGAACCAAAAUGUGAAAGACGGUUUUUCCUCCCCAUGAAUGUCAAGGUCAUUGUAUAUUUGUGAGAUCCUUGUGUAGUAUAUAAAAACCCAUGUAGAAAGUCCCCAUAUUUCCAGGUUUUGGUAAAGGAAACCUUUUAAAAGCGGUCCUGGUUGGUUUCAAUGCUUUUUCUUGCUAUGCAUCAUGUAUUGUCAUCAAUUGCCCCAAUAAACCUGGGCAAAGUUCAUAGCACUCCUUAUUCCAAAUUUCCCUGCUAAUUAUAACUCCAUAGCUGAUAAGCAAGGAAAUUGGAUGGUCAGCUUGCACGCUCCCCGAAGAUUUGUAUUGUUACAUCAUUCAUUUUCAUACAGUAAGCGAAGGUGUGCUUACGGUUAGCAGGGCUAUGAACUAAAAACUUGCACAGUAGGCCUAAGCACAAAUUCUGCCAUUGAGUAGCUCAAUGAAAUUUGGCCAAGACAUUAUCUUGGUUGUGUCAUUUUGGGAGUCAUCAUCAUUAUGUGUGAGGCAUUGCAAAUUUUAGACAGCGACUCCCAACAUUGUGAGAGUGGCAUGGUCACAGCAAGGGUUACAGGUUUGUCCACCAUACCAUGUUUUGCAACUAAUAGUUGAGCUUUCUUUUUUGUACACAAGUUACAGGUUUUUUUGUUGUUACACCUUGUACUUGUCUCAUACCAACAAAAUAGUUGUUAUGGUUUGUCAGGCUACAUUCUGUCUUGUCAGGCUACAUUCUGUCUUGUCAGCAUUGCAAGGGUUUUUUGUUUGGUUACAAAGGUUCAUUGUUGUCCUAGUACUUCUGGAUUGACAGAGAGGUUUUCUGCUCGGUUGUAUGUUUUUGUUACUGGUUUGUCACGUUACAUCAUGUCACGAUUUAACUACGGUAUUGAAACUUUUACCUGCAUGGUUCUACGGUUAUGGGCUUCUCACACUAAACCAUAUGUUGUCGGAGAGUUUCCUGUUAUGGUACAUGUCUUCUUGUUACCAAUACAUGGGUUACCCACAUUGUGACUAUGGUCACAUCAUGUCUUGUAACCAAGGAAAGUGUGUCCUCUGGUACAAGUUUGUAACCAUCCAUUCAUGCCUCCGUUAGUCUUGUGCAGGGUUUCCUACACAAUGUCACAGUCUUUUGGUUACAAACACAUGGUUUAAUUAUUCUAUCAUGGAACAGUGAAUGGUGUGUCAACUUUCGUUAAGGAAGAAUGGGUCUUUGUUAGAACAUUUUGUCUUCUAGUGGGAGUUCAAGGGUCAAGGGAAUUGUGUCGUUCAGGUGUUGAAAAUCCAGAGGAGAAGAAGUUGGCGUGGAUGUGCAGCAACGAAUGGUUCUUUUUGAACGAAUAUUCAUCGAGUGGGACAGGUAAGUAGGAUAUCAGCAAUUUGUCUGUAAGGGUAGGUAUAUUCACAUAUGCAUAUUUCUCAAACUUUCUUUGCAGUUGUGGAGUAGUGCUAUAUAUUGUUUCUUAAAAGGCGAGUAAAAGUGUUGCCUAGGAAUUUUGGGUGGUUAUUAUUUGAUACAAAAAGUCUACCGAUUGUAUUGUGGGAGAUCCGAUAGUCGCUAGCUAGAACCAUGACCUUUGUAUUCUAGAGCAGAUGUCUGACCACUAGACCAUGAAAUUGCCCCGGAUCUAGAGGCAGCUCUAAUCCUAGCAGCGGGUACGGCAACAUUAUAACCGACUUUAAACAUGCUAAGUACAUGUAAGUAAGGUUUGCAGUGACACUGUGUAAGAAAUCUCUUUUUGAGUAGUGGUGGCUCUAAAAGAACCAUUUUGAUCAGUAAAAGCUCACAGCAGAGUCUAGCAUUCUCCAGCAGACGGUCAAAGUACACCAAUUGAAACAUCGAGUAGAAACCAGCUUCGGUCAGAGCCGCACACUCAAAGAGAUUCCCUUUAUGGUGUCACCACAAAACUUACUUGGCACUUCCAUUAAGGAAUAGACCUCAUGCUGCCUCCAUCUUGCAUGUACCUUGUGGUGAAUAACAAAUAAUGCAUGCUAAUAAUCAUUUUGCAAAUAGGAACCAGACUAUUUUGUUCUUCCAGCCUCGGUUUGGUAAUAUUGAGAAACUCAAGAUGGCUGCACCAUGAUAAAGGUCUAUAGCUCCAAGUCUUGCAUUAUCCCUCCCAAGCAGCCCUGGGGAAAAAACUUGCAUGCUGGACCCACUUGGCGGGACCAGAAGGCAGAUUGCUUUACAGGUAAAUGAAUGUGUUUGGGGCACAAUUCUAAUGGUAUGAACAGAUGUUCCCUGGACCCACACACGAAAGAUUGAAACAUUCUGAAAAUGAACACAUGCGAAGAUCAUACGUAUUCAAACGGUAUGAAGCUUGGAAUCGGUUUUACCCGUAUGCUGAUGUGUAUAAAGCACUGUACUUGGUACGCCCCCUCCCUCAAUCAUGUGAAAAGAAGUUAUUUGCGGUGAGUACACAUUUUAAUUAGGCCAAUUUGUAGUGUACAUAAUCUAUCUGAUGUUAAAUGACAGCUUUGUACAAUUUUCUUUUACGCAUUCUUAAAAUUUCCCUUAUCCAAGGUUUGACUAUGAUGAAAUGGGACAUUCAAUAAAUGUAAUGAGCAUUUACAACAAAAGAAGUUUGUGUAUUUGUAGUUUUAUUUGUUUGGAGUUGAACUUAAUCAUCUUUCUCAUUACUUGGGACUUUUCCUCUACUUUUUAAAGCCUGGUCAUUAUGUGCGAAUGCAAUAUGAAUUGGGGCUAAAUCAAUCACACAAACCAUCUCUGCCCUCACAGGUACCC